AUGGGUAAGGGGAACGGCCAAUUGAUGUUUCGGCGGAAGAAGAAGCCCGUGUCUCAACCGACGCCGCUGACAAUCGAGGUGGUUAAAAAUUCCGUGGUAGCGGCGGCCAAGGCGGUGGCGGGGAAGAAAAAGGCUGGAGGGGCGAGGCUUUGGAUGAGGAUGGACCGCUGGGGGCAUUCAGAACUGAUGGAGUGCGAUAAAAGUGUUAUUCUGAAGCGCGUCUCAAUUCCUUCUAGGGACUUGAGGAUCCUCGGACCGAUCUUUUCUCACUCCUCUUGCAUCCUUGGUGUUUCCAAUUUCACUUGUUCUCCUCUCUAA